AAAGUAUCGUAUUAGGAUAUCAAAGUGGCGCCGCCACUACCACAAGUAUGGGCAGUGAGGUUCACUGACGAAGGCCAAAAAUGUUUCGUGAGAUCACUGGACACAUGUGGUGCGAUAAACAUAUGGAGGGAAGAACGAAGCACGAUGGACUUCUUCGUGGACAAGCAGCGGGUUGCCCAAGUGGCCUGCAUGCUGCACGAGAGGGGUAUACCAUUCUCUGUCUCUAUCCGAGACGUGGAUGAGUUGAAGACUCGUGAGCAGGGCUCCACAAUUACUGUCAACGUCAGCGCGACUGAGCGGCCUGGUGAAUUGGAAAAUCAGUCUCCGUGCGAAUGUAUGAACUGGAACACCUACCACGGGCUGCGUACGAUUUACAGUUUUAUGGACAAACUCGCUGAGACACACCCAUACUUGUGUAAUACCUUUGUCAUCGGGAAGACUUGCGAAGGAAGAGAUAUCAAGCUCCUGAGGAUAUCAAAUAGUAACCCAGACAAUAAAGGCGUUUGGUUGGACGGAGGCAUCCACGCGCGCGAGUGGGUCAGCGUCGCCGUGACCACAUACAUCGCCAAUGAAAUAGUCAAGAACUUCCACAGGAUGCCAGAGAGCGUCACCAACAAGGACUGGUAUAUACUUUCAGUGAUGAAUCCUGACGGCUACGUAUACACUCACACCACGGAUCGAAUGUGGCGCAAGAAUAGAGCGAAAUACGGACAGUGUGUGGGAGUAGAUCUCAACAGGAACUUCAGCUACGGCUGGGGAGAGGCAGGGGAAGACGGUUCGUCUGAAGACCCUGGCAGCAUUUUCUACCGUGGACCAAAGCCGUUCUCAGAGCCAGAAACCGCUGCAGUACAAAGGGCAGUUCUCGAGUCAAAUACCGACUUCGAGGCGUUCCUUUCGUUACAUUCCUACGGUGAAGUGAUUAUUUUUCCUUGGGGCUACACUAGCGAGCCCUGUCCGUCCUACGUGGAACUACUUGAAGGAGGCACAGUUAUGGCUAGGGCGAUACACGAAGUAAACGGGCGCACAUACAAGGUUGGUAGCACUAAGGACAUCAUGUACUACUCAGCGGGCACCAGUGUAGACUGGAGCUACGGCGUCGCUAACAUCCCCUACUCCUACAUGAUCGAACUACCAAGCAAGCAGCACCGGUUUCUCUUACCCAAAGAACAGAUUAUCCCCACAGCAAUGGAAGUCUUAUGUGGUGUGAUCGAGUUAAUGCAAUUCGUCGACAAGAGAAGUAAAGGAACGUCGCAGUCGGCUACCUCUUGUUAUAGUAAAUUAUAG